GUAUUUUGUGUGUGCGUGGGGUGCGUAUCGAUGAUGCAAAAGGGCGAGAGUUGAAACUCUUCUUUUCUCUUUUCUGGGCUUGUAGUCAAAUACUGCAGGCCUUAUAUAUACACAAAGAGGAAGGGGGGGCGUGCUGUAUCUGGUAUGCUCUUAUUGAUUUUAUAGUCAAACCCUAGAAAGGAAAAAACAGAAGAAGGAGAAGAAGAAGAAGAAGAAGAAGAAGAAGAAGAAGAAGAUAGAACGAGCAGGUAUGGAGGAUGGUUUUGAAAGAUCUGGUCAUGGAGCUGUUGAUGUUGUCAAGGAAGAGAAGAGAGUCGAUGAUGAAAAUUCUGAUCAACAUGAUGAUGGUGGAGAGUGUAGCAGAGAAGUAGCGCUUGCUCAAGCGGUUAAAAAUAGAAUGACACCAAAAGAAAGCGAAAAUUCAAAGUCGUCUUCUCCGGAGCGGAUGAUCUCGACCGCGAGAAGAAAGGAAGAUCAACAUCAGCUUGAAUCUGCCAGAGCUGAAAUGAGUCAAGCAAGAGAGGAGAACCUGAAACUCAAGAUGUAUUUGAAUCAAAUAACGAGAGAAUACCGGACCCUCCAAAUGAAAUUCUUCGAUGCCGUCAAGCAAGAAGAUGACAAUAAGAAAUCGGCCGAAGCCGCCGCCAAGGGGAGUUGCCGAGAGAUCGAUCAGGAAUCCGACGAAUUUGUAUCACUCAGCCUCGGAAGGACGAUGAGCGAUUCGAAGAAGUUAUCAUUAGAGGAUAAGAGUAAAUCACUAAGCCAAGUGACGGAGAAUACUAAUGAUCAUAAGUUUGAAGAAGGGUUGGGCCUCGGAUUGGAUUACAAGUUCGAAGUGUCGAAAUCGGGAACGACGGAAUCGUUGCCGAACCCGAGCCCGGACACGAGCGUCGAAGAAGCAAAGGAGGAAGCAGGAGAGACAUGGCCACCAAGUAAAGUCCUAAAGAAGAUGAGAGCCGGUGGUGAUGAUGAUGUCUCCCAGCAAAAUCCUGUGAAAAAAGCUAGGGUUUCUGUGAGAGCCAGAUGUGACACUCCAACGAUGAACGAUGGAUGUCAAUGGAGAAAAUAUGGGCAAAAGAUCGCAAAAGGAAAUCCAUGUCCUCGAGCAUAUUAUCGUUGCACUGUUGCGCCAUCCUGCCCGGUGAGAAAACAGGUUCAAAGAUGCGCCGAGGACAUGUCCAUCUUGAUCACCACCUACGAGGGCAUGCACAACCACCCGCUUCCUAUGUCGGCGACUGCCAUGGCCUCCACCACCUCCGCGGCCGCCCACAUGCUUCUAUCUGGCUCGUCGAGCUCUCAAAACGGCAGCAGUCACAGCUCAUCGGGCCCCACCAUGGCACCGAUGGCUGCCAAUCUCCAAGGCCUAAGCUUUUACCCUUCGGAAGCUUCGAAAGCAAGAUCGCCAUUCUAUUUGCCUACCACAUCAUUUGCAUCCUCAUCGACACCAACCAUCACUCUUGAUCUCACCUCAAACCCAUCAUCAUCUUCCUCAUCAUCCUCUCUGUUCAAUAGGUUUCCUUCACAAUACCCUUCGACAAGGUUUGCUUCCACAAGCCUAAGCUUUAACAAUUCCUUGGACCCUAGUGCCCUUCCCUUACCUUGGGGGUCCUCAAAUGGUGGCCUCAUGAACUAUAAUAACACCUCUCAACUCUUCAACAAGAACCAAACCCUAGACCUUGCAAGGCAGGCUCAAGAAAGUUACCAUCAGUCCUACUUGCAAAAGAACAUGUCAAGCCUUCCCCAACAAGUGCUACCGGAUUCCAUUGCCGCUGCCACAAAGGCGAUCACCGCCGACCCAAGCUUCCAAUCUGCUUUGGCGGCAGCUCUUAAGUCAAUCAUCGGUGACAGCGGCGGGGGAAACGGUAACCAAGGAGGUGUUGAUCAUUUCAGAAAUUAGAAGGUGGGAUCACUACUUGAGCCUUUAGCAUUUUGAAGAGGACAUUUGAAUGCUCCGUGGCUUGCAACUUUUGAAGCUGCUUCUCAGUUCUCAACUCUUUGCCGUGGAUUUUGUAUACCUGCAAGAACAUAUCGAUCCGCAUAUCCUGUUGAUAAAAAAAAAACUUUGGUGAUUUCUCGAACUCAAAAUUUUGAUUGUUGUGCGCAGUUCAACAUAUAAAUAACAAUGUUUAAAAUGUUUUUAA